AUCGAGUAUCUUUCCAAAUGGGCUGUCAUUGCACCACUUCCAAGCUUCGACGUCGCAUUAAGACAUGGAAUCCCAAACAGACUAAUCACUGACAAUGGUCUCGGACGCCAUGAAAGCAGGAUUCUACGACUGGGAGUAUCUCGCUCGUUAACGUCAAUCGAAUACCCGCAGUCUGAUGGAUUGGUAAAAAAGUUCAACUAUACGAUCAAGACGUCUUUGGCCGCGUAUAUCGCAACUAACCCUGCUGCAUGGGACGAGGUCCUGCCCUUUGUCACGUAUGCAUACAACACAGCCAAACAGGUGUCUACUGGUUACUCACCGCUCGAGCUCAUGUAUCGUCGUCGCCCUGUAGUACCAUUGCCAAACGAGCUGUGCCCAGCCGCGAAAACUUUUUAAGAAGAACCAUGGAUGUACUAUAUCUCAGUACCCACAUACCAAUAUUACAUGGACAGGCUAUAGAAAGCAUACAAAAGGUCCAAGCUCGUCAAAAACGUUUUGAUGACAAAACGAAGAACACCAAAAUGACUAUAACCGGGAGACUAGUCAUGCGACGCAACAUGGAAAAACAAACAUUCCCAAGGAACGCUGAAUUGGUCCGUACAUUGCCCUCUACAAAAACAACAAAGAAAGAACAUCUUUCAAAUCAAGAAGCAAGAUGAAAACCAG